AUGCAAACUAAGGACCCUUCAUUUAUGUUUUUCCAAACUUCUCUUUCCUCUGCCAAAUGUCUUGAGGAUCAACGAACUUUGUUGCUUCAAUUCAAAAACAAUCUCGCAUUUCAUCCUGAAAAUUCCACAAAACUAAUAUUGUGGAAUAAAAGCAUUGCAUGCUGCAAUUGGAGUGGCGUUACUUGUGACAACGAGGGAUAUAUUAUUGGCCUUGACCUGAGUGAAGAAUCUAUUUCUGGUGGAAUUGAAGAAUCAAGUAGUCUUUUCAAUCUCCUACAUCUCAAGAAACUGAACUUGGCUAAUAAUUAUUUAAAUUCUUCCAUUCCAUCAGCAUUCAACAAGUUGGUGAAGUUAACUUAUCUUGAUUUGUCAUAUAAUGAAUUUGUGGGGCAGAUUCCAAUAGAGAUUUCCCAGCUCACGAGGUUGGUUACUCUUGAUCUCUCUUCUUAUGUCGACACAAAACCUAAAAUCCCAAAUUUACAAAAGCUUAUCCAAAAUCUCACCAAUAUGAGGCAACUGUAUCUAGAUGGUAUAAGUAUAACAUCUCAGGGACAUGAAUGGAUCAAUGCUUUGUUGCCUUUGAGCGACCUACAAGAACUGAGCAUGUCUAACUGUAAUCUAUCAGGACCUCUUGAUUCUUCCCUUUCAAAACUAGAGAACCUAUCAGACCUUAACUACCUAGACCUUUCUUCUAAUUAUUUAAGUGGUGCAAUUCCUUCAUACCUUUUUACACUUCCAUCAUUGGAGGAAAUUUGGCUUGAAUCUAACCAGUUUAGUAAAUUUAACGAAUUCAUAGAUAUGUCUUCCUCUUUAAUUAACACCCUCGAUUUACGUAGCAAUAAUCUAUCAGGGCCUUUUCCAACAUCUAUCUUCCAACUCCGUUCACUUUCUAUCCUCCAUCUUUCCUCUAAUAGGUUGAAUGGGUCACUACAACUAGAUGAGCUUUUGAAGCUUAGUAAUUUAUUAGGACUAGACCUUUCAUACAACAACAUAUCAAUAAAUGAGAAUGAUGCAAAUGCUGAUCAGACUGCCUUUCCCAAUUUUGAAUAUCUUCAUUUGGCAUCCUGCAACCUGAAAACUUUUCCUAUAUUCUUGAGAAAUCAAUCAACAUUGGAAAAUCUAGACCUUUCAGCCAACCAAAUUCAAGGAGUUGUGCCAAAUUGGAUUUGGAAACUACAAAGUCUUGAACAGCUUAAUAUUUCACACAAUUUUCUCACAGAGUUGGAAGGUUGUUUGCAAAAUAUUACUUCCAACCUUCAUCUUAUUGACCUUCAUAACAACCAAAUUCAAGGAACAAUACCUGUUUUUUCUGAAUCUAUUAGAUAUUUGGAUUACUCAACCAACAAAUUCUCUGUUAUCCCGCAUGAUAUUGGUAAUUACCUGUCUUCUGCAUGGUUUCUAUCUCUUUCAAAUAAUAGUUUACAAGGAAGCAUCCCUCAUUCCCUCUGCAAAGCUUCAAAUCUUCAAAUGCUUGAUAUUUCCUACAACAACAUUUCAGGAACAAUUUCUCCAUGUUUAAUGACAAUGACUAGUACCCUUGAGGCAUUAAAUUUGAGGAAUAACAAUCUAAAUGGAUCUUUACCAGAUAUGUUUCCAACUUCUUGUGUUGUAAGCUCUUUGAACUUCCAUGGAAAUCUCUUACAUGGGGCAAUUCCCAAGUCUCUAUCCCACUGCUCAUCAUUACGGGUAUUGGACAUUGGAUCAAAUCAAAUUGUUGGUGGUUUUCCAUGCUUUUUGAAAAACAUACAAACACUUAGCGUCUUGGUGUUGCGGAACAACAAAUUGCAUGGUUCCAUAGAAUGUACACACUCACUAGAAAAUAAGCCUUGGAAAAUGAUUCAAAUUGUGGACAUUGCAUUCAAUGAUUUCAACGGAAAACUACCAGAAACAUUCUUCACAACAUGGGAAAAAAUGAUGCACGAUGAAGUUGUAUCAGACUUUAUUCACAUAGGGCGGACGUCAUCCUUGUUAUAUUAUCAGGAUAGUGUAUCUAUUUCUACUAAAGGUCAAGAGAUGAAGUUGGUUAAAAUUCUAAAAAUCUUCAUGGCCAUUGAUUUCUCAUCCAAUCACUUUGAAGGACCAAUACCAGAGGGGCUGAUGAAAUUCAAAGCAAUCCAUGUUCUCAACUUUUCAAACAAUGCUUUCUCUUGUGAAAUCCCAUCAACUAUUGGGAACCUGAAACAGUUAGAGUCCUUGGACUUCUCAAACAACUCCUUGGUUGGUGAAAUUCCUCUGCAACUUGCAAGCAUGUCAUUCCUUUCUUAUUUGAAACUUUCCUUCAAUCAUUUGGUUGGGAAGAUCCCAACAGGUACUCAACUUCAGUCAUUUCAGGCUUCUUCAUUUGAAGGGAAUAAUGGGCUAUAUGGACCUCCGUUGACUGAAACACCAAAUGGUAAAAGGCAGGAUGAGCUGCACCCACAGCCAGCAUCGGUCCCCUCUUCUUCAAUUGACUGGAAUUUUUUAAGUGUGGAGUUGGGAUUUGUUUUUGGGCUCGGAAUCAUCAUCGGUCCUCUUUUGUUUUGGAAGAAAUGGAGAGUAAGUUAUUGGAAACUCGUAGACAAAAUUCUCUGUUUGAUUUUUCGGAGGAUGCAUUUUGAAUAUGUAACUGAUAGAGGACAGACAUACACAAUUUUAAGGUGGUCAUAA